ACGAAUGUCAAAAUUUAAAGAAAAAGUUAACUAGUAAUGCAAAAGUUGUUAAUUAGCUCUGAUUAGACAUACUCCUAAACUCCUCUUGUUUCUGAUCUCAUAAUUGAUUUGCUGAAAAGAUUCUUUUUAAUUUUGUGCUUGAAUUUACCAACAGAUGUGUUGUACUACUUUUAUAUUUUUUUUAGCUUUUCAUUUUAUGUGUCAUCAUUGAAGCUUCUGCAGUCAAAUAAUUACUUAGUUGACACUUGGGAAGCCCAAGGUAUGACAGGUUUUUUGGAACAGCUAUGUGAAUUUCUAUGUAGCUAUAUCGAACUGCAGCUGCAUCAAACUGAAGAACAUCUAAACCUGAUCCAUAUGUUGUUGAAAACACUAAAGUAUUAAAAUAUUUACAGAUAAAAAUAAUCUAAUAUGUUUUUGUAUUAACAUUUUUUCAAUACCUUUAAUUGUGACACACAAGAAUGAAUUAUGUGAUAAAUCCCACAGUGCUGGACUAAUUGUGACAUUUUUGUGCUGUACUGUUGACACUUUUCAUUAAUAUAUCCAUUAAACUCAGUGCUUUUCCCCCUAUACCCCAGCUGGGAACUAAGAUGAAGCAAAAAGUCACUGUUGAGGUUUCAAAUGUUUUGGAUCCUUAAAGACGGUGUUCAGGAAUGUAACACUUUUUUUUUUUUUUACACUCGUAUGUAAUCUGAAACUCUGUGGUGUAGAAACACGUCUACAGUAUAUAAGGCCCUGGAAGUCUUAACACUUCAGACCCUUUUAGCUUCAGAAUUCCUUGAGGUCCAUUAGGAUAAAAAGGAUAAGUGGCCAUCAGAAAUAGACACAACUAGUGAAGAAAUGCUGAGAGACAUUUUCCUAAAGGUCACUGAAUGUCUUUCUGCUAUUACUUGCAUUAAUAAACAUUAAGUACAUCUAAAUAAAGUUCUGUAUGUCUCUCUGAAGAAUCAAUCAUCUACCAGUAGGGAUAUCUGUGCCACAAAAGAACAGAGAUUAAAAUAAAAUGUAUGACAAAAAGAAAAGUAACAGAAAAUGCAGAAGCAAGAGAGCUGAAGCAGAUGCAUCAGACCUCAAACUCCACUUCAACAUUUAGCAUCUCACUUCCAGGUAGCACUUCUUGUCAGCGAGUCCGGUUUGUGCGGCCCGUCGGCUCAAGGCAGAGUGAAGCGUAGAGGAGAGAGAGAAUAUAAUGUGUCAGGAUUUUGUUACCAGGAAGUGGGCCGAGUUAUUUAUAUUUCAACACCCGUCCUCUUGUACCCGAGGGACAACCAGUGGUAGUAACCUGAAACUAUAUAUUCAAGCGUUGUCUGGUCCUGGACGAUUCAAACUGAUGGAGAACAAUUGGCUUCACGCUCAGGAACGACAAGAAUCCAAAGAAAAUUUCUGUAAAUGUAAAUAAUGUAAAGACUGUGUGGAGGGUGAAGUGGCCCUGUGAGGGACGCAGCAGUGGAAGAGUAUAAAUACCUUCCACAUGCUGUGUUGGGAUGAAGCUCCAUGAGAAGAUUUUGACUCAUUACCUAUCAUGCACCUCUCCGGUAGACAAAGAGGGAUAUCUUUAUAAAAAGAAAGAGCGAAAUGCCACCUACCAGCGGCGGUGGUGUGUCCUAAAGGCCAACCUGCUGUUCUACCAGGAGCGUCCAGGUGACCGACACCUGCUGGGUGUCAUUGUUCUGGAGCGAUGUGCAGUUCGCAGGGCAGAGUCCGAUGCGCAGUUCGCCUUUUCCCUGGUGUUCGGGCCCGGACUCAAAACCUACAGGUUUGCAGCAGUGGAUCGACAGACGCAGGAGAGCUGGGUGAAGGCUUUGCUGUCGGCCAGCCACUGUUACCUCUCUCUGCUGGUGAGAGACCUGGGGAGGCAGUAUGAAGAAGCUAAACAGCAAAAAGGCUCUGGCGAAUCCCGUUCCUCCAUCAGUCCCCUCAAACCGUCCACAUACAGCUUCCUAUUCACUGCACAGGGACCAACAACAGCAGCGGUGGUCAGGGAGGGAAGGAGCAACAGCGACAGCACUGUUUUACAAGCACCUCCAAAACCAACCAAAGUGGUGGCUAAAAAGUCUCCCAAAUUGUGGCACAGAAGAAAUGCUUACGUGACACCGCUGAAUGGACCAGCACCUCUGUACGGGGAAUGGCCUUUGGUGGGCUUUGACCCGCUUGAGGACUUCCGCAAACUUCACGAUUAUUAUGGCCAAGAAGUGAAGAAAGCACGAGAAGAAUGGCUGAGGAGUCGGCAAACAGAGGAGGAACGCAGCGAUGAAGAUCUCAUUGACCUGGGGUGAAAAAAACAGAUUCACAAAGAGGAACUGAGACGAAACGAUUCAUGUGUGUCAAACAGGAAGUGAACCUGAAGUGUUUUGCUGUAUUUAUAGAGUCUGAGGCACAGACACCUGUUAAUGUGCUGGAAGUUAACCUGCUUCACAUGACCAGCUUGAAGACUUUCAGAUUUAGGGCAGAUGCUGUUGGUGUCUGCACAUCUGCACUUUUAGGCCCUUUUCCCUGCAUUUUGACAUCACAUAGUGAAAGCACAGGUUAACAGGAGUAACCUCUGCUCUAUUUAAGUGUCCCAGGAAGCCGAGACAGUCAACAUGCACGACACAAAAACACUGAAAAUGGAAUUCAGUCAUCAUUCACUUCAGAAUUUAAGGGUGCAAUCUGCAAUUAUAGAGCAGGACUGUUGAUAUUUAGCCAGUUAGUGUAUUUAGAUAGUAGCAUGUGCCAGAUUUACCGUCCCAUAUCCCACUUUCCCGUUGAACAUAUAAGUUCAUGCACGGGACAAAUUGGGAAAGUGCCCACAUUGUUUUCAGACAAUGUAGAAGACCACAAUGAGAUAUUCACUGAAUUUGACAUAAAAGUAUUAGAGGUAAAGUGUGUGAGAGGAAGAAAAAAUCUCUUCAAACUAAGACAAUCCUCAGAUCAAAAUAUCUUUUUAAUAUUGACAUGUCCUGGCUGGACUGUUAAAAAGAUGCCGUGCUCCUGCCUGACUGUAUAUAUAGACAGAAAUUCCUCAGCUCACUGGCACUGAGCCCAGAACAGGAAAUAAGAUGUUAUACGUGGGCAUUUUUUUCCAGCCCAGCACUCGGACAUGUCAAUAAUAAUAAAGAGAUUUCAAUGAAAGGAAUAUCUUGGUUUGGAGAUGCUUUUAUCUCUUGACACCAAAGAACACUGACCAAAAUUUUAAAAAAGUCUGAAUUAAGACGUUCUACAGACAGAGAACACCUAUAAUUGUAUAUUUUAUUAUAAUUGCAGACUCUACCAUAAAAAUCCCAUUCCUUUUGUUUGUCUUUAUGUUCUUCUUGCUAACUGGAACCUGCACACUUGCUGCUAGUUGUGCUUCCUGAGCCGUUAAUCUUCCAUAAGUGGUGCAAUUUACACUUUCCUCCGCAGCAUAAAAAUGCUUUAUGAGGCAGUAUUAAGGCAGUAUUAUAUAUUUUUCAUUGCAUGCUAAAAUAAAAUUGAUAUGUUGAUUUAAA